AUGGCUGCUCCGACUCAAGUCAAGACCAUCACUGUCGACAACGGCAUCGACGUCUUUUAUCGUGAGGCCGUACCCGUCUCUUCGCAAGACCCCAGUGCGUUGCCUGUGGUCUUGCUCCUCCACGGCUUCCCUUCAUCGUCGUUUCAAUAUCGCGACCUCAUCCCGCGUCUUGCCCACAAGUACAGGGUAAUUGCCCCCGACUUGCCCGGCUACGGCUUCACGGUCGUCCCCGAGGCACGCAAGUACGAGUACACGUUUGCGUCGAUCACGACGACCAUCAUCAGCUUCCUGGACGCGCUCAAAAUCGCGAAGUUCGCUGUGUAUGUGUUCGAUUACGGUGCGCCCACGGCCUUCAGGCUCGCUCUUCAGCGCCCCGAGGCCAUCACAGCCCUUAUCACACAAAACGGAAACGCAUAUGUGGAGGGCUUGGGCGCAUCCUUCUGGGCGCCCCUCCAGGACGCGUGGGCCAACCCGACUCCGGAAAAAGUGAAGGCUCUCUAUGCCUUCCUCGACCUCGCGACUACCAAGUCGCAGUACGUCACCGGGUCGCCGGACCCGUCCGUCAUCCCGCCGGAGGUGUACUACCUGGACUACUACCUGAUGACACGUCCUGGCAAUGCCGACAUCCAGGUCGGCUUAUUCCUCGACUACAAAAACAACGUCGCGCUCUACCCCGAGUUUCACAAGUACUUCCGCACCCAUCGCCCGCCCACUUUGGCGGUAUGGGGCAAGAAUGACCAAAUCUUCGUCCCCGCGGGCGCAGAGGCUUUCAAGAAGGACCUCCCAGACGCGGUCAUCAAGUUUGUGGACGCCGGGCAUUUCGCUCUGGAGACUGCGCUGGAUAAGAUCAGCGGAGAGAUCUUGACCUUCCUCGCCCGUGUUGGAAUCUAAAUGCACCCACAGGACGCGUCGGAUACUCUAAACCAGUUCAUGUUGCCCCGUGAAAUCAAUGUACCUCUAGAAAC